AACCUAAUUUAUGCGAAUAAAAGUUAAUUUAAAAAUGGUAUCUUGGUUAUGUGUUCCUUUAUUUUUACCUUCCUUUCUUUCCGUGUGAGGCGUGAGACGUGUAAUAAAAUACGCUGAAAACAUGCCGCAAAAUGAGCAUAUUGAAUUGGCAAUCAAAAGGCAUGGCAGGAGAUUGGAUUACCACGAAAAAUUGCGUAAGAAAGAAGGACGAGAACCACACAAGAGAGCAUUAAAAGCAAAGAAACUACAUGGAUUGAAAGCUAAACUGUACAACAAGAAGCGACAUUCCGAGAAGGUACAGCUUAAAAAAACCUUGAAAAUGCAUGAGGAAAAGAAGACGAAAGCUAAAGACACUCAAUCCACGCCAGAAGGAGCAGUACCUGCCUAUUUACUUGACAGGGAGGGCCAAACCCGUGCCAAGGUGUUGAGUAAUAUGAUCAAACAGAAACGGAAAGAAAAAGCAGGUAAAUGGGAUGUCCCACUUCCGAAAGUGAAGGCGAUUGGUGAAGAUGAAGUAUUUCGAGUUGUACGAACAGGAAAGUCGCGACGGAAAUGCUGGAAAAGGAUGGUAACGAAAGUGACUUAUGUAGGUGAAGAUUUCACACGAAAGCCACCAAAAUUUGAAAGAUUUAUCCGGCCUAUGGGUUUGCGUUUCAAGAAAGCUCACGUGACUCAUCCUGAGUUAAAGGCGACUUUUUGUUUGCCGCUAAUCGGAGUGAAGAAGAAUCCACAAUCGCCUAUGUACACGUCACUUGGUGUCAUCACUAAGGGAACCGUCAUCGAGGUGAAUGUAAGCGAGUUGGGACUGGUAACACAAGGAGGAAAAGUCGUUUGGGGUAAAUAUGCACAAGUUACAAACAAUCCUGAAAAUGACGGCUGUAUAAAUGCUGUCCUGCUCGUGUGAAAAAUGCGGUAUUCGUGGAGGGUUUACCACUACCUACAUGGGUACCACUACCUACAUAGGACAAGGUUCGACAGUCAUCCAGAUUAUGCCGACUUAAAUACUCUGUAUGAAUGAUCACGUAGAAGUAUUUUGCGCGAUGAGGUGAAAAAACUGUACGAGUCGUUACACUGUGCGAACUUCACGUGUACUUUGUAGUAGUUCAUAUUUUGAGCAAACUUCUUGGUAAAUCUGAAAAAGGUUAAAAUCUUGUUAAUGAA